GGGUGGUAAACAGAAAGGUCGGAGCGCGCCGCCGGGGAGGGGAAGUGGCGAGGAGUCGCGGAAGAAGGGGACGCUGGAGAGCCCCGCGAGAGGUCCUGGUGGGGUGCAGGGCGGCAGCCGCAGCGUCGCCGGGGCUUUGUUUCCACAGCACAGCCUUGGAAGCCCUCUUCGUCUCCACCCAAAAUGCCCCUCACGACCCCUCAGGGCUCCUCUUCAGGUUCCCCUGAGUGUGGGGACGUCUCUGUGGUCCUCGUGGGGAAAACCGGGUCAGGCAAAUCGGCUCUUCUCAAUGCCGUGCGAGGGAUGACGGAAGAUGACGUUGGCUCUGCACCAGUGGGGGCCCCGCCUAAAUCGGGGGCCCCCAUCAUGUACCCUGACCCAACCCAUCCCAAUGUACUGAUCUGGGAACUGCCAAUGGAUGUCGAAGGGCAAGCGGAGCGAUGGCUGGAAGAGGCAGAUAUGUUUAUCGUGGUGACUGACGGCAAGUUUGACGAGACCCACGCCCACCUGGUGGGAGAGGUCCAGGCCGCUGGCAAGAAGGUCUUCUUCGCCCGCACUAAGGCAGACCUGGAGGUGCACACCCUCAAGCGACUCAUGGGUGAACGCUACGAGAGGUCCGAGGUCCUCAGGGCUCUUCGCGGGGUCUGUGCCGAGUCAUUAGGGGCCCACGGCCUGGGAGAGCCCUUUGUAUUCCUGAUCUCAGCUUUUGAGCCCUACGCCCUGGACUGCCCCCAGCUGCGUGAAGCCUUGUUGAAGGAUGUCCAGGUGUACGAGAGGGUCCUGAAGCCCACCCGCUUGGGUUUUGAGCUGAUCAGCGAGCAAGAGAUUGCUGAGAUCCAGGAGGCCUACGAGUUGGGAGGCCUCUCGGAGGUAGUGACGCGCAUCCAGCACAGCCUGGAGACCAUCUGGAAUGCCCAGCUUGACAUUGCCAUCACGGGGGAAUCCGGUGCGGGCAAAUCGACGUUUGUCAACGCCCUGAGGGGCUUGGGUGACGAGGAUGAGGGAGCGGCUGCGACAGGCGUGACGGAGACUACCUCCCAGCCCACGCCGUAUUCCUAUCCUGGCUAUGCCAACGUUGUCCUGUGGGAUCUCCCUGGCAUCGGCACACCCAGCUUCCAGGCUGAUGAUUACUUAGAAGCGGUGGAGUUUUCUCGCUAUGAUUUCUUCAUCAUCCUGGCUUCGGAGAGGUUUAAGGAGAACCACAUCCGGUUGGCCAAGGCAAUCGUGGGAGAGGGCAAGCGGUUCUACUUUGUACGCACCAAGAUAGACAAUGACUUGGAGUCCAUGGGGAGGAGAAAGAACCCACCGCCCGAAGAGGGAAUUCUGGAGGAGAUCAGGCAGGACUGUCAGGAGAAGCUCGCCAAAGCUGGGCUCCAAGAAGCCAAAGUUUUCUUACUCAGCAGCUUUGAGAUCAACAAGUUCGACUUCCAGAUCUUUGAGGACACUUUGGAGCAAGAGUUACCGAGUCACAAGCGCCACGCUUUCCUCUUGUCCCUGCCCAACGUUUCCUUGGCGAUCAUAGAGAAGAAGAGGCAACUCUUGCACCAGGAGGUUUGGAAGGUCGCUUUGGUCUCCAGCUUGGUGGCUGCUGUCCCUUUGCCAGGCUUGGCUUUCACCUGCGAUGUCUCCAUCUUGCUAAGGAAGCUGUCCACCUACCGGCAGGACUUUGGCCUCGAUGCGGCUUCCUUGACCCGGCUGGCGGAGCACUCGGGGAAACCUCUGGAAGUUUUGAGGGGCGAGGUGCACAGCGCUCUGGGCCGAAGCAUCAACAAGGAUGUGGUUAUCAGCUUGCUGGGGAAAGCCACUGGCACGGGCCUGGUGGUGGCGAAUUUCUUCUUGCACCGAAUCCCCAUUUAUGGUGCCCUGGCUGCUGGAGGGAUUUCCUUCCACACCACCUACUCCAUGUUGAGCCAAUGUCUGGAAGAACUCGCUGCCGACUCCCAAAGAGUCCUCCUGAAGGCCUUUGACAGUGAAGUCUGAGGCUGCUAGAAUAAAGCUGCCCAGAUUUUCCUCCUCUCUUGCUUCCACACGAUCCCUCCUCCAACCUAGUUGUUUGCACCUACAGUACAUGGCCGAAAACUGGGAGCACACACACAGCUCCCACACCUGGGUAGAACACCAUUUUCGCUUGUGUGCAUGGCCUCAAUGUCAGUUAAUGCGGUUAGUAAUACAUUUAUUCCGGCCUAAGGUUUUCUGAGGUCGAGCCUGUUUUCUGAAGGGCAGGGUAGCCCGGGAUGUUUCAUAAAAAUAGAUCUCUGGGUACUAGUGGGGUUGAGGGGUGAGGAAAAGAAAUGGUUAGAGAUCCCAACCUUUCCAGACUAUUUGCGGCCUCUGAAGAAGCGGGUUCUUGCCUAUGGAAGCUUAUGCCAAGAUAAAUGUUUAUUUAUUAGUCCUUGGAUUGGUUAUUUAGCUUCCGUUGCUGUAUUGAAUCUUAAGAGUCUCCAGCUGUUUGAGAUAGAGCAUUGCCACUGAUGUUUUAACAUUGAAACGUGUUUGCUCACAAAGAGUCUCCAGCUGUUUGAGAUAGAGCAUUGCCACUGAUGUUUUAACAUUGAAACGUGUUUGCUCACAAAGAGUAAGAUCUUUGUUUUUAUUUGUUUUAUCUUCUCAUUAAAAGAGGUCUUAAACCUUGUCGGGA